AAAACGGUUAGAAGUUGGAAAUUUGGAACCAAAAAGAAUUGAGAAAGGCGCGCGAUGUGCUAUCAGCCCGUAAACCGGCGAACAGCCACGAAGCAAUCACGGCCGUCCCACCACCAUCUUCAUUCUCCACCACCCACCCUCCGUCUCUACUCACAAUCCUUUCAUUUUCCUUACACUCGCGUUUCUACCCCAUUUCUUUUGACUUGCUACUCCAAUUUCUCUGUAAAUUUUAUACAUACAGUUGAUCUGCAUUGAUGCAGAGGCUAUACGGAAAAUGGCGUUGGAGUGUUGAUCGUGUUGUGAAACUUUCACUUGGAUGUAUAUAAUUUUUUUUUUUAGAAUUGGUUGCUAGAUAGUUUUGUUCCUUAGCUUUGACGUGAGGAUUGUUGUUGGGAAUGGAGUCGUUGAUCGAGCUAUGUGAUUUGAUUUCUGAAUACCCUGUUCAAUUCGAAAAGAAAUUAGUUUGGAUAUGUGGGCGGUGUCCAUCGGCCGAGGCACUCCUCGGGGGAUCCCCCAGCGUUUCAAGGUAUCAGCUAAACGCCGUUCUCGCUCUGACUCGAUUCCUGUCUAGGUGCUCCAAUUGCACAGACGAAAGGCCGAAAUCGCUGGUCGUAGCCUUUUUUCGCUCCAUUCCUUCUUCUUUUACUCAGUCUUUUUGGCCACCAUCGUUUCCACCCGAUGCAAUCGUUUCCUUCUAUAAUGAUUUCUUGGGAUAUCUCUCCAAAGCGUCGGAAAUGUCUUCGGAUUUCGCGACAGAUGUUGAGGGAUACACAGGGCUUGUGCUCACGUCUGCUAUAUCCAGGAAAGGAGAUGUGAAGAUAUCCAGGGUUUUCAUGAAUGCCAUGGCUCGUAACUUUCCUCCUAUACAACCCUCUGAUGCAAAUAAGUUAAUUUCCGUUCUGAUUGAGAAGUUUGACAUCCCUGUUCCAACCUCUCCAAGAGAUGGAGCUAGUAGUAAUGGGAGCAGUGGUGUUUGGAAGAGCAAUAUGGAUUUACUGGCUGCAAAUAUGGGUUACAAUGAUGAUGUAGCCGGAGCCCAAAGGCAAGCCAUUACCGCUUUUGAGGAGGAGGCUGUAGAGAGCCUUGAGAAGCGAGAAAUUGCUUUCCAAUUAAUAGGACACAUAAUGGAUAAAGUAACAAUUGAUGCCACACUUUUGGAACAAGUGAGAGGUAUUGCCAGGGAGCAACUUCAUUCAAUGGUGUCAUUUCUAAAGAUACGGAAAAGUGACUGGUCAGAUCAAGGACAACAUCUGAAAGUUAGGAUCAAUACAAAGCUUUCAGUUUACCAAGCAGUUGCAUGGUUACAGAUUAAGACACUUUCAUCUCUUGAUUCUGAUGCAAAGUCAUCAAAGAGGUUUUUGCAUGGAGCACUUGCACUAUUGAUUGAGGCUGCUGAAGCUUGUUUGUUGUCAAUGUGGCGAAAGUUGAGAGCUUGUGAAGAGCUGUUCAGCUCCUUGCUUUUCGGAAUCUCCCAAGCUGCUGCUGCUCGAAGUGGUCAGCUACUCCGUGUGUUGUUAAUUCGGUUUAAACCUCUUGUGCUUGCUACAUGUGCUCGGGCUGACACUUGGAGCAGUAACCAGGGGGCCAUGUUUGAGAGUGUACUGAAGACAAGCUGUGAGAUAGUUGAACUUGGAUGGCAAAAGGAUCGGUCUCCUAUUGAAACAUUCAUAAUGGGUCUAGCUACGAGUAUACGGGAAAGGAACGAUUAUGGGGAAGAGCAAGAGAAGGAGAAGCAGGCAGCUCCUCCUGUUCAGCUCAAUGUUAUACAGUUGCUAGCUGAUCUGAAUGUCUCAGUUAACAAGCCUGAAGUGGUAGACAUGAUUUUGCCAAUGUUCGUUGAAAGUUUAGAGGAGGGCGACGCUUCAACGCCAGGCUUACUAAGGCUCAGACUUCUUGAUGCUGUUUCUCUCAUGGCAAGUUUAGGUUUUGAAAAAUCCUACCGCGAAGCUAUUGUUUUAAUGACACGCAGCUAUAUGAGUAAACUUGCUUCUAUUGAUUCUGCUGAAAGUAAAGACUUGCCUGAAGAAGCCACUAGAGAGCGUGUUGAAACACUUCCUGCAGGAUUUCUUCAGAUUGCCAGUGGGCUCACCAACCCCAAAUUGCGCUUAGAUUAUCGUCACCGUUUGCUAUCAUUGUGCUCAGAUGUGGGCUUGGCUGCUGAGUCAAAAAGUGGAGGGAGUGGAGCAGGUUUUCUUGGCCCUUUACUUCCUGCUGUAGCUGAGAUAUGUUCUGACUUUGAUCCCACUUCAGAUAUUGAACCCUCAUUGCUGAAGUUGUUUAGAAACUUGUGGUUCUACAUUGCACUCUUUGGGUUAGCUCCUCCAAUAACAAAAAAUCAGGGUACAACAAAGUCUGCAUCCACUGCUCAAAACAAUGUUGGCAAUACAGGAGCAACUGCACCUCAAGAAGUGGGCGGGACAAAUGAGAAUGCUCAGUGGUCUGUUGCUGUCCAGUGCAUUUCACACGGGACUCCCCCUCUUGUUGUGAGCUCCGUGAAAUGGCUUGAAGAUGAGUUGGAACUCAAUGCUCUUCAUAACCCAAGUAGCAAAAAAGGAAGUGGAAAUGAGAAAGCUGCUCUUAGUCAGCGGACUGCUCUUUCUGCCGCAUUAGGAGGACGUGUAGAGGUUUCAGCAAUGAGCACAAUUGCAGGUGUGAAGGCGACUUAUCUUCUUGCAGUAGCAUUCUUAGAGAUAAUAAGAUUUAGUAGCAAUGGUGGAAUCCUCAAUGUGCACCCUAGUUCAACUGCUUCUCGAAGUUCUUUCAGCUGUGUUUUUGAAUAUUUGAAAAGUCCUAAUCUUGUGCCAGCUGUUUCCCAGUGCUUGACAGCAAUUGUGCACAGAGCUUUUGAAACUGCAUUAAGCUGGCUGGAAGAUAAAACAUCUGACACUGGCCGGGCUUCUGAAACUCGAGAAACUACUCUGUCUAUCCAUGCCUGCUUUCUCAUAAAAAACUUGACUCAGAGGGAUGAGCAUGUACGAGAUAUCUCAGUUAAUUUGUUGAAUCAACUUAGAGACCGGUUCCCUCAGAUUUUGUGGAACUCUUCUUGUCUGGAUUCACUGCUGCUCUCUGUUCAUAAUGAUCCUUCUUCAGCUCUUGUCAAUGAUCCUGCUUGGGUUGCAACUGUUCGUUCUUUGUGCCAAAAGACUGUUCGUGAAUGGAUAAUUGUUUCUCUAUCCUAUGCUCCAUGCACUAGUCAGGGCCUUCUUCAGGAGAGGCUCAGCGUAGCAAACAGCUUGCAAAAAGCACAACCUACUACAGAUGUCGUUUCUCUUUUAUCUGAGAUCAAGAUUGGUACGGGUAAAAAUGAUAAUUGGUCUGGCACAAAAACUGCAAAUAUUCCUGCUGUGAUAGCUGCAGCAGCUGCAGCAUCUGGAGCCAAUUUAAAAUUGACUGAGGCAUUCAAUUUGGAGGUCCUAAGUACUGGUCUUGUUAGUGCAAAUGUAAAGUGUAACCAUGCUGGAGAAAUUGCAGGCAUGAGACGUUUAUAUGAAUCAAUUGGUGGGGUUGAUCCUAUGUCUACAUUUGGAAAUGGACAGAGUCUUGAUCUACCAGGCUAUGGAUCUGGAACUCUCACUCAGAAUCCACAGUCCAGAAAUGGUUCUUUUUGUGAAGUACUGCUUACAAGAUUUGUGCGUCUACUCCAGAAAUUUGUUAACACAGCAGAGAAAGGUGAUGAGGUAGAUAAAUCAUCAUUUCGAGAAACAUGUUCUCAAGCUACCGCUUUGCUUCUUUCAGAUCUGGGAUCAGAUACAAAAUCAAAUAUUGAGAGCUUUUCACAGCUUUUACGUCUUCUUUGCUGGUGCCCAGCUUAUAUCUUAACACCUGAUGCCAUGGAGACUGGUAUAUUUAUUUGGACAUGGUUGGUUUCAGCAGCUCCUCAGUUUGGUCCUCUUAUCCUUGCUGAAUUGGUUGAUGCAUGGUUGUGGACGGUUGACACUAGACGAGGUCUUUUUGCAUCUGAAGCACGGUGUUCUGGUCCUGCUGCUAAAUUAAGGCCUCAUUUGCAACCUGGGGAGCCAGAAUUACUGCCUGAAAAGGGCCAUGUUGAUCAAAUAAUGGCCCACAGACUAUGGAUUGGAUUUUUUAUUGACCGCUAUGAGGUGGUUCGCCAUGAUAGUGUUGAGCAGCUUUUACUACUAGGUCGAUUGUUACAAGGAACCACAAAGCUCCCCUGGAACUUCACUCGUCAUCCAUGUGCAACUGGGACGUUUUUCACUCUCAUGCUUUUAGGGCUAAAGUUUUGCUCUUGUAGAUCCCACGGUAGUGCACAGAACUUCAGGUCUGGGCUUCUGCUACUGGAAGACAGGAUUUACAGGUCCGCAUUGGGCUGGUUUUCUCAUAAACCUGAUUGGUUUGACAUGAGUAAUAACAAUUUUGCAUUGAGUGAGGCUCAAUCUGUUUCUGUGUUCGUCCAUCAUCUUUUAAAUGAGCCACUGGAUACUCAGGUUGAUACAAAGGGACAGGGUGCUGAAAAUGGAAGCUCUUCGAAUGAUGCGAAAGAUCAGUAUCACCCAGUUUGGGGUAAGAUUGAGAAUUAUGCGGCUGGAAAAGAAAAGCGGAAGCAGUUGCUUUUGAUGCUAUCCCAGAAUGAAGCUGAUAGGCUUGAUGUCUGGGCACAUCCUGUUGCCAAGGAAAGUGCUUUGCGGCCUAAAAUUAGCUCAGAGAAAAUGGUUGACUAUGCUAAGACUGCUUUCUCUGUUGAUCCUCGGAUAGCUUUAGGACUUGCUUCAAGGUAUCCCACAAAUAAUGCUCUGAAAGGUGAAGUGACCCAGUUGGUUCAGUCACACCUGUUGGAGAUUCGUAACAUACCUGAAGCUUUGCCAUACUUUGUCACCCCUAAAGCCAUUGAUGAAAAUUCUUCACUUUUGCAACAAUUGCCACACUGGGCUGCUUGUUCAAUCACAAUGGUUUUGGAUUUCCUUACACCCCCAUAUAAGGGUCAUCCUCGUGUGAUGGCUUACGUUCUAAGGGUGCUGGAAUCGUAUCCUCCUGAUUCGGUGACCUUCUUCAUGCCUCAAUUGGUGCAGGCUUUAAGAUAUGAUGAUGAGAGGUUAGUGCAAGGAUACCUACUCAGAGCCACCACACGGAGUGAUGUAUUUGCUCAUAUUCUGAUAUGGCAUUUACAGGGAGAGACCUGUGAACCAGAGGCCGGAGUCGAAUUAAGCCCAGAGGCUGCUGCAAAGAAUGCUGCAUUUCUGGAACUGUUGCCUGAGGUUAGGCAGCAUAUAAUUGAUGGUUUCAAUGACAGCGCUCGAGAAGUGUUUACAAGAGAAUUUAAUUUCUUUGACAAGGUCACAUCUAUAUCUGGUGUUCUCUUUCCAAUUCCAAAGGAGGAGCGACGAGCUGGAAUUCGUAGGGAGUUGGAGAAAAUUGAGAUGGACGGAGACGACCUUUAUCUACCUACUGAUCCCUUUAAACUUGUCCGGGGUAUUCAAGUUGAUAGUGGAAUUCCCUUACAAUCAGCAGCAAAGGUUCCUAUCAUGAUAACAUUUAAUGUUGUGGAUAAAGACGGGGAUCAUAAUGAAAUAAAGCCACAGGCAUGCAUAUUCAAGGUUGGAGAUGACUGUCGGCAAGAUGUUCUUGCUUUACAAGUCAUUUCACUUCUCAAGGAUAUCUUUGCUGCUGUUGGGCUAAAACUUUAUUUGUAUCCAUACGGAGUUCUCCCAACUGGUCCAGAAAGAGGAAUAAUUGAGGUUGUACCCAACUCGAGGAGCAGAAGUCAAAUGGGUGAGACAAAUGAUGGUGGUUUAUAUGAAAUUUUCCAACAGGACUUUGGGCCUGUUGGGUCUCCCGGCUUUGAAACUGCUCGUGAGAACUUCAUCAUUAGUAGUGCUGGCUAUGCAGUUGCUAGCCUGUUGCUUCAACCAAAGGAUAGACAUAACGGAAACCUUCUAUUUGACAGUGUUGGUAGGCUUGUUCACAUUGAUUUUGGUUUUAUUCUGGAGACUUCUCCCGGCAAUAAUAUGCGAUUUGAAAGCGCUCACUUCAAGUUGAGUCAUGAAAUGACUCAACUAGUGGACCCAUCUGGAGUGAUGAAAAGUGAGACCUGGUACCAAUUUGUGAGCUUGUGUGUGAAAGGGUACCUGGCUGCUCGUUCUUACACGGAUGGAAUUUGUAACACGGUAUUGAUGAUGUUGGAUAGUGGGUUGCCUUGUUUUAGCAGGGGUGACCCCAUAGGUAACCUCCGGAAGAGAUGUCACCCAGAAAUGAGUGAACGCGAGGCAGCCAACUUCAUGAUCCGUACAUGCCAAGAUGCCUACAACAAGUGGACCACUGCUGGAUAUGAUUUGAUUCAGUAUUUGCAGCAAGGUGUAGAAAAAUAAUUAAGCUCCCUAUAUCAUAAAUGUUUUUGCAGUUUGGAUGGUUAAUUAAUUAGAUCGAGUUUAGAACACUAGUAAUAAUGAAGUUAUAGCUACACAUUGUGAAUCACGACCACAGCUCCCGCGUCAUGCUGAGGAGGAUGGACUACGCUAUGUCGCUAUCUAUAUUAUAUUUUCAGAGAAAUUGUUU